AUGUCGAUGUCCAAGGGGUCGAAGAUGCUGCAGUACAUCAACUACCGGAUGCGGGUGACGAUCCAGGACGGCCGCCAGCUGGUGGGCAAGUUCAUGGCCUUCGACCGCCACAUGAACCUCGUACUCGGCGACUGUGAGGAGUUCCGGAAGCUCCCCCCAACUAAGGGAUCCAAGAAGCAGCAGGGCGGCGGAGCUACUGCCAACGAGGAGCGUGAGGAUCGCCGCACCCUGGGCCUCGUCCUCCUUCGCGGAGAGGAGGUCGUCUCCAUGACGGUCGAGGGACCUCCUCCGCCUGACGAGUCCCGCGCAAAGUCUGCUGGCGCUGCUGCUCUCGCCGGACCUGGCGUGGGCCGCGCUGCUGGCCGCGGGAUCCCCACCGCCCCGCUGAUCCAGGCCCAGCCGGGACUGGCGGGGCCUGUCCGGGGUGUCGGCGGACCGGCCCCCGGCAUGAUGCAGCCUCAGAUGUCCCGACCGCCGAUGCCACAGCUAUCGGCGGGACCUGUCGCAUACCCCCAGCCGCCGGUCAUGCGUCCGCCUCCUGGCGCCCCAAUGCCUGGAUUCCCUGGACAGCCUCCAACCAUGGGCCGGGGCCCUCCUCCUCCUGGACCAAUGCAAUUCCCAGGCAGGCCUGGCGUACCUGGUGCACCACCGUCCUUCCCGGGACCUCCACCGCAGUUUGGCCAGCGACCUAUGGUGCCACCGCCACAGAUGAUGCGGGGUCCGCCGCCGCCCCCAAGACCGGGGAUGCCCCCUCCACCUGGUGGCGGUAUACCAGUUUAUGGGCCACCAAGGCCAGGAAUGCCGCCUCCCCCCCCGAAUCCGCAACAGAACCAGCAACAGCAGCAGUAG